CCCUACCUUUACACGUACCUAUAGUACGCGACCACGUGCACCCGCGUAUAUUGCCUCUACCCCAUCCCUGCUCCGGAGGCGCGUCUCCAUCCCUCCCACAACCCCGAAAUUCGACAAAUUAUAUCUCCCGUUUGGCGGCAGUAGAGAGUGUCAGAGGUCUAUCCUGCGUAGAGGCCAUGGUAAGCCACCCGAAGUUGACUUAUCUAGCCCUGUCGCAUGCCCGGCCUUGCGAUGCUUUGGAGCCUGCCGCUGGGAAAUGCCUUGCCGCGCACCUGCUGACGUCGGCGCAGGUUCGCCGGGGCGAGAUCCGCGACAUCGAUCUAUCGAUCCGCUUCAAGUAUGGGGUCCACACCGUCUUCCUAUUUGUCGACCCCACGAAGCCCUUCGGUGAUGCUGCCGGAGAGUUGCUGGAGAUCCUGAAACUGCGUUACCCGGCGGGACUGAAGGCCUCGGCCGAGGAUCCGGAUCCGACCCCACUCCCCGCCGAUGCCCUCCAAAUCGAGUUUGCCUUGCCAAAGGUGGCCGCCGACCUGAGCCAAGGUUGGGCGCCCCUCCACGUCAAGGAGGGAGAUACUCCGGCCAACAAGGGCCUCAAGGACAACAGCGUCAUCGCCUUCGCCUUCCGGCCCGAGGACGCCGACGAGGACUACGAACCCGUUUUUAACGUCGACUUUCCUACCUACGAAGAUGAAGGCCUGGAGGAAUAAGCGUGGAGCCUUGCGAGGCCGGGUGUUCAGGAUAGACUGCUGCUGCUGUACCGCCACCGCCACCAACAUCGCCUACAGGAACACUUCACGGUAACGAGGGGGGUACCGUAACGCUAGCGCCGGUCUUUUCAGACUUAAAGGGGAUAGGUGUAUAGAGGGAUGUGGUACCCGCUUCUCGCACCUGUCCAUUGUAGAGUAGGAAGGGGCUGAUCAUAACAAGUGCAGUUAUAG